AUGGCCUCUUUGGGUAGUCUCUCAAAGCACCAGAGGAGCAAGAGAGCUCCCAUUCCCUGGUUGAUUUUUCCCACCACCUCGCCCACCCGUGUCAUGUUCAUUGGUGGCAUUGGUAUUCCUCUGGAGGAUCUCAAUUAUGAGGCGGUGACUACUGGUUAUGUCCUCAAGGUGGAAUACUGGCUGCCCAUAACUCCCGAUGAUCUGAGGACACCCACAGCUCUGCCCCUCACCCAGGUGGCCACGCCAGGUAUUACAGGUGCGAGAAGACAGCGGAAGCCCAUGUUCGAGAACUUUCUGGUUGGAGUGGAUGAGCUGGGGAAGAACACCAGGAAGCUGCUGACCAGGACCAAUAAGGUUCUGAGCAGUUAUCGCUGGACUGUGUACAAGGGACUGGAAGGAUUGGCGGAUCGACUAGGCUACCAGGGCAGGAUCUGUGUGCUGAAGAGCAUCUGUGAGGCAGCCGAAGAGCCUUUUCACUUUGCCAAUGGUCUCUUUGCGGAUAUUAUGCAUAUACUGUUGACACCCUCCUCCUCCGUGGACAAGCUCUCAGAGCAUGCGGACAACGAGUAUUAUUAUGCGGAAAAGGUGGGUCACUCCGGUGCUGGCUGCGAUCGGGUCUUCAAGGAGUGCCGGCUAAGUCUGCUCCAGCACUUUAGUGAACUGCAUCACAACCUGGACAAGGUAUUAUUUUAA